UAGAAAAUACAUCGUAUUUGAAAUGUUGUCUGAAUAACGCAUGCAUUAUUAUUAUGAAUAAUGCAGGCAUUAAUGCAAUAAUAAUGUGUGAAUUUUGAAUAACCUAAGAUACACACAGCUUGGAGGAGAUUGAAUUUGAAUAUUUUGGUUUGCGACAGCUGCAUUAACUCUUCUGGCAGGUCAACACCUAUAAAAUUCAGGCAAAAAUGUCUUUGAUUUUCUUCAUAAACGGGAAUAAGGUGGAAGAGCACAGUCCGGACCCAGAAUGGAAUUUGUUGUGGUACCUGCGCACGAAACGUAUCCUUUAUUUUUAUAUAAGAGCUCCAAUAAUUCUAAUUGACGUGGUACGCGCCUCGCAGUGCGGCUUCUGUACGCCGGGGUUUGUGAUGUCGGCGUACGCGCUGCUGCGCUCCCAGCCUACGCCGCCCUCCCUCGCCCAGCUCGAGGAAGCCCUUGUUGGCAACCUGUGUCGGUGCACGGGCUACAGGCCCAUACUGGAGGGCCUCCGCAGCCUCACCAGCGACGCCCAGGCGCCGUGUGCCCGGUCUGACUGUUGCAGGAAACAGAACGGUCCCAGUGCGGAUACCGAGGACAGCAAGCCCUGCAGUGACCGCCAGAUGGUCGAGGAGUUGUUCGAUGCGACCAGCUGCGCUCCAUACGACCCUUCGCAGGAGAUUAUUUUCCCUCCUGAACUGCUUGAAGCAAUCGCUGCCAAGACGUGGUUACCGCCAUUCAGCAUCACAUGUGGCGACGUCGACACGGCCCACGCCAGCGCAGACCACACCCUUACUGGGGAGAUCCACUUAGGGGGCCAGGAGCACUUCUACCUCGAGCCCAACGCUCACCUCGCUGUGCCGGAGGAGUCCCCUAUAUGCGCAUCUCUCAAAGGGGUGGAGGUGCGCAUGAAGCACCAGCUGUACAAAGCGCUGGUGCGCGUGUCUGGAGUGCCCCAGAUGGAGCAGGUGGAGGUUCGUGAUGUGGGAGUGCGUAUUGGAGCAGCUGUCACGCUAACGCAGAUGGAGCGAAAGCUGGUGGAGAUCAUCAGCUCCAUGCCAGCGUACAAGACUGGCGUACUGGCAGCCAUCUUGGAAAUGCUCAAGUGGUUCGCCGGCAAGCAGAUCAGGAACGUGGCCAGUCUCGGGGGCAACAUCAUGACGAGCUCUCCCAUCAGUGACCUCAACCCGCUCUUGCUGGCGUCCCGCUCCGUGCUGCAUCUCGACAGCCUGACAGGUGGUGCGCGCGAUCGGGUGAUGGACGCGACGUUCUUUACGGGCUAUCGCACGUGUGAUGUCUCCAGCACCGAGGUUUUGGUGGCCGUCACCAUCCCCUUCACCACACAGGAGGAAUAUUUCCGCGGCUACAAGCAGUCACGCCGUCGCGAUGAUGACAUCGCCAUCGUGAACGCGGCGCUGCUGGUGCGCAUGCGCGGCGACCACGUGGCAACCGCAAACAUAGCCUUUGGAGGCGUCGCUGCGACCACGCUGCAGGCGACACGCACCAUGGAGGCGAUGGAGGGCCGUAGGUGGGAUGAGCAGCUGCUGCAGGAGGUGACGUCAUCCCUGCUGCAGGAGGUGCAGAUAGCGCCCAGUGCCCCUGGGGGCAUGACAGCUUAUAGAGCUGCACUUGUGCCCAGUUUCUUCUUCAAGUUCUACCUGCACGUACGCCACGAGCUGAGCAAGACCAUGCCGAGUGUGGCACCCGUGGCACCGCACCAUCAGGAGCUGCUGGGGUCCAACAAACGGCCUCCUCACAGGGCAACUCAUCUCUACGAGCAGGUACCCUCAGACCAGCCAUCGCAGGACCCUGUAGGAAGGCCCAUGGUGCACGCAUCAGCCCUGCAGCAGGUAACUGGGGAGGCGACCUACGUGGACGACCUACCGCCUUACGUCAACGAGCUUUUCGGUGCCUUCGUCCUGUCCACUGAGGCUCGAGCCGACAUCGUUUCAGUCGACGCCUCUGCUGCAUUUGCGGUGGCCGGUGUCCACGCCUUCGUGUCCGCCAAAGACGUACCGGGCGAACGCAACGUGUGCGGCGAGAUCGUGAAAGAUGAAGAGGUCUUCGCUAGCAAGUCUGUCAAGUUCAUCGGGCAACCCAUCGGUCUGCCCUCAGUAGUUACUCAAUCUCCGAGAUGCUUCCUUCUGGGCAGUAUGACGCAGUGCCCGGAAGCGACUCAGGCGCGGGUGGCGCGUGCGCUGGGGAUGCCGGCCAACAAAGUGGUGGUCGUGACCAAGCGACUUGGCGGCGGUUUUGGCGGCAAGGAGUCGCGCCCCGUCGUGGCGUCGGUGCCCGCCGCUGUUGCCGCAAGCGUGACGAAGCACCCCGUUCGUGUGGUACUAGAGCGCGCGGAAGACAUGCUGCUGACGGGGGCUCGUCACCCCUUCCUUGGGAGGUGGCGGGCGAGCUUCACUUCGUCUGGGGUGCUGGUGGCUGUUGAAACGGACCUCUUCUCCAAUGCCGGCUGCUCUGUGGACCUCUCCCGCGGAGUCAUGGAGCGCGCGCUGUUGACGUCUGACAACGCCUACUGCUGUCCCAACAUGCGGGUCACCGGGUACGUGUGCCUCACAAACCUGCCUUCGAACACCGCCUUCAGGGGCUUCGGCAGCCCCCAAGCCAUGCUGGUCAGGGAGGAUAUCAUGGCUGCCGUGGCCGCCUACCUGGGCUUGCCUGAGGAACUGGUACGGGAACGCAACCUGUACAAAGAUGGCGACCGCACGCACUUCCGCCAGCUGAUUGAGAACAGCACUCUGGCGCGUUGCUGGCGCGACGUGCAGCUGCAGGCGCAGUACGCACGCAGGAGGGAGGAGGCGCAGCAGUUCAACAGAACCCACGUUCACAAGAAGCGAGGUCUCGCCGUUGUGCCCACCAAGUUCGGAAUCGCGUUCACUGUCCUGCCCCUCAACCAGGCUGGGGCUCUCGUGAUGGUUUACAAAGACGGCUCAGUUCUACUCACCCACGGGGGUACAGAGAUGGGCCAAGGGCUGCACACCAAAAUGAUUCAAGUGGCAUCGCGAGCGCUUCACAUCCCGGCCGCCAAGAUACACAUCGCGGACACCGCCACCGAUAAAGUCCCCAACGCCUCUCCCACCGCCGCCUCAGCCUCUUCUGACCUCAACGGGGAGGCCGUCUUGCGCGCGUGCACUGAGCUGUGGAAUCGUUUGGCCCCGUACCGCCAGAAGAACCCAGACGCCGGCUGGGACAGCUGGGUCAUGGCUGCUUACCUCGACCGCGUCCAGCUGUCCGCUACUGGUUUCUAUGCCACCCCUGGGCUGAGUGGUUUCAACUUCGACACGCAGGAAGGGACGCCGUUCAGCUACUUCAGCUUUGGUGCCGCAGUCUCUGAAGUGGAAAUCGACUGCCUCACAGGAGACCACACGGUGCUGCGAACCGACAUCGUGAUGGAUGUGGGGAAGUCGCUUAAUCCUGCGGUGGAUAUCGGUCAGAUCGAAGGAGCCUUCGUGCAAGGACAGGGCCUCUUUACUCUUGAGGAACUGCGAUUCUCUCCCCGAGGGGCCCUCCUCACUACUGGGCCAGGGGCCUAUAAACUUCCAGGCGUACAAGACAUCCCGUGCGAGAUGAACGUGACGCUGCUAAGGGAAGUUGGCAACCCCAAAGCUGUGUACUCCUCCAAGGCCAUCGGCGAGCCACCGCUGUUCCUUGCGUCUUCGAUUUUCUUUGCCAUCAAAGACGCCGUGGCCGCAGCACGUGAAGACGAACGCUUCCAGCACUACGGUGACGAAGAGGCGGCAAUUGUAACAGCAGGCGAGCCUCUACAGACGAAAACUGUGGGGUCCUCAGCUCGCCUCUUCCGCCUGGACUCUCCAGCUUCGGCUGAGCGCAUCCGCAUGGCAUGCAACGACCGCAUCACCAGCCUCAUCCCUGCGCCGGUGCCUGGGACCUUCACUCCAUGGGAUGUGACAGUCUGAGGCAAACUGCUCGGUCUGUCACGACUCACGCUGAUCUGGAUGAAUAACGCAGCCUGCCCAGCAUAUAGUUAUGCUCCGAAGCAUCUGGAAAUAUCCUGGUUGUUGAUUCUAGCCAAGGCUGGUUGCUCUUGUUUUAUCGUAAAUGUGAAACAGCAGAAUUAAGCUUGUGAUUAAUAUGGAACUCAUCGCUUUGCUUCCUUAUGUAGUGUUACCGAUGAAAAAUCGUUCAUUUGCUUUUUAUUAAAGAUCAUGCGCAGUUUUCUCCACUAGUUAUUAGACUGUAAUUAUUUUUAAUGAGAUACGCCUGACCAAGCCUGCUCGACAACAUAAGCUUAAGGGGGGGGGGAUAUACCCUAAAUGUUUCGGAUUUGGCUUUUUUGGUAUUUAGUAUCAUCUUAAAGCUGACAUUCUGCCCUAUCCAACGGUACCACUGCCAUUUCUGUGAGUUCUGCGAGUUCCUUCAGCAAUUAGAUGGGGCAAAAAUAGCUGGCCAGCACUACAUAUAUGGUGUUUUCUGGCACAAAAACUUAGCCACCCGCCUCGCUUCGUACGGAGAGGUGCACUGCAAGUCGCUCCCAUCAUCCUUGAGUGGAAUCAAGGUACAGAAGCCUGUACUUUUGUAUCCUUGCUACAUUUAGUGCAUAUUGCAAUGCGCGGGGGACUUUGUCGCGCGCUCCUCAACAUUCACACCUAUUGUCACGGAAAAUCCUACUCCUAGAGUUUUGAAGUUACAGCGAUGAGACAUAUACCAUUCGAUUUGUAAAGACUAUACCUAUCGAUUACCGAAGCCCUUUUUUUAUUUGUGCAUAGUUUGGAUUCAAAAUGGAGGGAAGGGAGGAAAAUCUAAAGAAAAUGAGAUAAAAUGGAAAAAAUGCGUGUAUAAAAAACUAAGGCAAAAAUAGAAAAAUCGGGCAUCGUUAAUCGAUUUAUAUGGUCUUUACGCAUCGAAUGAUAUGCGUCUCAAUGUUGUAGCUGGAAAACCCUAGUAGGAGUAGGAUUUCUACAGGACCCCCUUUUUUGUCCGUUUUAUAUGAAUUUCACGUUUUCUAUCAAUUUU